AUGAGUAAACAGUUGUUUAAUUCAAUAUUGGCAGACAGCAGACAGACAAGUCAAUGGAAAAUUCUGACAUAUCAAAAAUGUGUUGAAAGGAUUCAAGGGAACAUAUAAUGAGCUGAUAUGUCAGGAUGAUUUCAGCACAGAUGGACAUCCUCUCCAUAACAGACAAGACCAACAACAAGUGUCCAUCUUCAGGUGAGAGAUGGCAGAGUUUUUCGAUUCUAUCGAUUGGUUGCAGUGAGUCUGGGCAUGCUCAUUGCUCUUCUACUGGUCGUUGACAUUGGUCUGGGGGUCCAAUACAGCAAAGUCGUGAGAAGUACGGUCCACUAUAUCAGAACUUGACACAAAUCAGCAGUGAGCUGGAGCAACUCAGAGCCACCCACAGUAAUAUGAUCCAUGCUAAAGAGGAGGCCUUGACAGUGUUGCAGAAAGAGCUCCAAAAGGUGAACAAAACCAGCGGGCAGCUAGGGAGUGCCAAACACACUGGCAUGGAGUUACAGAGGCAGGUUGAAAGCCUUCAGGAACAGGUGGCGGCAUUGCAGUCCAGGGUCACUGAAGUUGUGGAAAUCUGUGGCCGUUGUUUGCCAGGAUGGAAAUUGCUCAACUCGGUGUGUUACUACUUUCCCUUGUCUAACUCCAUUCCUCUGAAAACGUGGGACAGAAGCAGAGAUAACUGCAUUAAAAAGGGAGCUGACCUGGCAAUAAUAGAUAGUGAAGAGAAGCAGGAGUUUAUCAAUAAGGCAAUACAAGCAUUAAGAUCCAGCUCAGGAUCCUGGCACCUAACAGGGUUCUGGAUAGGACUGAAGGAGGAAGAGGAUGAAGAGGGAACCUGGGCAUGGCUUGAUGGGACUGAACUGACUCAGGGAUACUGGGCAGAUGGGGAGCCUAACGACGAUAUGAAUAACGAGGACUGUGCAGCCAUUUACUCCAAAAACCAUCCCAAGACGACUUGGGAUGCCAUGAAGACUUGGAACGAUGCCCCAUGUAGAUAUGCACUGAAAUGGAUAUGUGAAAUGAAAGCAAAGGAAGUUCAGGAAUUAAAGUUGUAAUAAUUUGUCUCAUGAGUGUUGUCAUAUGCAAAGACACUACAUGUUAAAAGAAAAUGUUUAUAACAAAAGUAAAUUAAAAUUGGGCAAAUAUAAUACAUCA